CAAAACCGCUCAUUGCCUCGAAGUCAGUUUAUAUAUCGCUGCGGCGCACCAGGCUCUGCAAUGGGGCGGCGCAAAGCUGCCCUUCCCCUGCUGCUGCUCUUAGCUCUCGGGGUUGGGCAGGCACGAGGUUUCCCAUGGGAGAGCGACGGGGUGGCGCUGCUGGCUCAGAAGCAGGCCAUCUCCAACUGGCCCGACUUUGCCGCCGCCAAUGGCAUCACUGGGUGGCAGGACCUGGCCACCGUGUGCUGGGAGUGGACAGGAGUCAACUGCACAGAUGACCGGGUCACCUCGUUGACGCUGCGCUGUCGCGGGGCCGACGGCUGCAGCACCACGGCUGUUGGGGCGCUGUCCCCUGACCUCAGCAACAUAACGAUGCUGCAAACCCUGAUGCUCAACAACCUGUCGCUCACAGGCACCCUGCCCAAUACAUGGGGGGAUCCCAAUGUGUUCAGGCAGCUGACUACCCUGGCGGUCAACUAUACAAACAUUGCUGGCGCGCUGCCUGCCAGCUGGGCCAAUCCGAUGGCCUUCCCAAAGCUGUCGUAUCUGGAUCUGGGCAACAACCAAUUCACUGGUGGCCUGCCAGAGUCCUGGGGAAGCUUCACUGCUUUCAAGCGUCUGGCUAGGCUGUUUCUGGACAACAAUGCCUUGAGCGGCACCCUGCCCGCUGACUGGGGGACCAAAACGCUGAUGAAUUUGAACACCCUGGUCUUGAGCGACAACCGAUUUGUAGGCACUCUGCCUGCCACCUGGUGCGGGCCCGGCAUUUUUUCCCAGUUAGCAACCUUGCACCUGGGGCAGAACAACCUCACGGGCACCCUGCCAGGAGCGUGUGCGCAGCUGGGCGCACUGAACAAUCUGUCCAACCUGGGCGUAUCUAAAAACGAUCUGACAGGGUCGCUGCCACCUGAGUGGGGCCAAACUCCGGGGUUCUUGGCCUAUCUCACCAAACUGGACGUGGGUGGAAACAAGUUGAAGGGGACGUUGCCUGCCCAGUGGGGUUCUGAAGGGGCCUUCCCAGCGCUCGCCAUCCUGAGUGCGGAGGGCAACCAACUGACUGGCACACUGCCGCCCGAGUGGGGUGACGUCAGCACUAGUGCAAUGAAGAACCUGACUGAGUUGAACCUUAGUGGAAACAACCUAACAGGCACCAUCCCUGCGAGCUGGGGGACCCCAGGCGCACUGAAUCUGACGUCUGGGGAGCUGGACUUGGAUGACACCCUGCUGUGCGGCCCUGUGCCUGCUGACUUGCAGCCAACUGUGUGCACGGGCAACAGCAACCCAUGCAGCUCUGAAGGCUCGCUGGGGGAAUGCCCCCCGGCGGCGGCCCCAGCUCCGGCUGCUGCCGAGGAGGCAUCCUCCUCUUCCAGCGUGCCCAUCGGCGCCAUCGUGGGGGGCGUCGCGGGCGGCCUGGCGCUGUGCCUGCUCGCCUUCCUGGCGCUGCGCCCUGGCAAGGGCUGGCUGCGGCGGAGGAAGGUCAAGGGCCAGCAGCCUGGCGACGGCAAGGUGGAUUCCCUUAUGGGCUCCAACCCAGCAGAGGCCAACAUAGAUUCAUUCGUAACCAUCUCAACGGAUGGCAAGGUUGGCAGCAGCCAGUACGCCAGCAGCCCUCCUUCCAGCGCCAUCGGACCGCCGCUGCUGCCAUCCUCGGCUCCCCCGGGCCCCUCCACGCUGACCGGGGCGGGAGCCGCAUCUGCCAAGGGCGGGGUAUAUCCCCCUCUCCUCCCCUCCACCACACCGCCACCUGGCGGCUGGGCCCCUGCCAACGCCGGCGGCGGCCCUUCAGGCAGCCAAUCCAUCAGCCUGCACUCCGCAGACACCGACCCCUUGCUGAGCUACAUUGCAUCCAGCCUGGCUUCCAUCCAGCAGCAUCAUGUGGCCUCGACAGCUGGCGCCACGGCCAACACCUCCCGCACUUCCCGCGAGUCACAGGAUCCCUCCCACCCUGCCGGCGGCGGCAGCCGGCACCUCCCAGAUGAGAUGCAACAGUGGGAGGUGACGUGGGACGACAUCAAGCUGCUGCACCCCAUCGGGAGAGGCUCCUUUGGCUGGGUGAGCGACUGCUGUGUGCGAGCCAGCCGCUGA